ACGGACCAUGUACCUGCCCUAAAGCACCCAAAGACACCGACCCCCCAGCCCCACUCUGCAUUCUUUCUCAGGACCUCAGACAUUAUUUGCAGCUGCGAUGUCAACUUCGUCGAUAUUCGAGUCUUACGAUGCACAAAUGAUUGACUUUCCACAUGAUCUUGACGUUCCUAUGAACCCAUCCUCUUCGGAGAUAUUUCCAGAGGCUUCGAUGGACCAUGAUCCAGUCGGGGAAGGCAGCAUAGAAGUGGACAUGGAGGAGUACGGUGGGGAUCACCCAGAAUACGAAAUGGCCGAUGGAAUGGAAAUUUUGGUUACAGGCGAUAUAGGAGAGUCGUUUGAUGUCGAGGUCUUUGACGUCUCUCGUGCCGACACCCCACUUCCUGCCUUCGAACAACAACCGUCGCUACAUCUGGCGGGCGGUGUAUCCAUUGGGUCUGAUCUUUAUCAUUCUGCAGCAGAAGACAUGCCAAAACAAUCUUCGCAUUCCACUGCGCCUUCGGCAAUUGAACACAGUGGAGAUGUCCCCUCAGAGCAACCCGAGCACGGAGUACAUGAUGUGCCCCAGUCGGAACUAUUACCUCUGCAAGAAACUUCCACAAAUACGCAACUGAAUCGUGUUGGACGCACCGCUUCUGACGUUGUCGGGGAAUCUUAUCCUCAUUUAGAGGCUUCACAAAGCCUCUCGCACAAUGGGGCCCUUAAUGUUGAUUCGGAUAGAGACGGGGAACUUCACGGAAAGUCUAGUUCGGGAAUCGCAGACCUACCACAGGUAUCCGAAGAAUCUAAUCCUGGGUAUGAGGUACUACCGACCGCAGUACCUGUUCCUUUAUCCGAUGGUGAUUACACCCCUCUCCAUUCGGAAGUCGUAGCCGACGGCGACCAUAAUGAAUCAUUGGCCCAGGAGGGCGGUCACGAUCCUCCCAGUGCAGACCUUCCACCUGAUUAUGCAGAACGCGCUACUCACUCUGUGGGUAACGUUUCGGAGGAUGUUGGCGUCAGCCAUCUUACUGCAGAAAAGCAGGGAGGGGAGGUUGAUGACACCCUUAAAAUAUCUGAGGGUGUCUAUAUUGACCCACCUCCAGCGGUUCUGUUGUCGGUCGAGUCUUCCGUUGAGGCACUCUUCUGUUUGUUCAAUCAGCCGAUCGCGGAAGUUAGUUCGCAAAGCCCCCCGCAUGAGAGUCGAGAGGGCGCAGUCGGCAGCUACCACCUACUCCUGGAGAGCAGCCCGACCUUGUACUACGAGCCCAUAAGUAACGUAUUCGAUGCUCUUCGUCAAGAUGAAGAGUUUCUCUCCUCCAUCCCCAAUAGUUUUGAAGGUGAACUGGUCUUUGACGCCUACGACUUGCAGUUAACUAUUUCUGAGGAUAACAUUCACGCGCGCGAAUUUAGUUUACAUGACCUGAACGUUUUAUACGAUGGAUCUGACUUUGCAGGACCCUUACGACUGCGGCUUACUGCGACUAUUCCUCGGUUCAUUUUCCGUUACUAUGCUCUCCAAGAACAGAUCCAAAGAUUGGACUUGGCUGUUAGGGCCGCUAGUGAUAAACAGCACAACGAUCAAGAAGACACAAAGGCUAGCGACCAGCAGCAAAGUCACGGCGCUCAAAAUCACGAAGAAGCGACCAUACAUCCUGUCGAUAGCACCGGCGAAUCGGCCGAUGAACCUCCUGUUGCUCCCGAAGGUACUGAUGGUCAGCAGGAGGGACCUCUGUUAUCAGAAGGAGGUGCCGAACUUUUUGUCCCACAAUCAGAGGAGGACGUUGAUCAUCACGCGGUGCCUACUAACGAUGCGCAAGUACUGGAAGAGGAAGGCAACUAUGAAAACUCCAAUCGUGGAGUUGAAGACGCUACCACUGAAGGCAUACUAGAUGCAGAUCAAAUACAUGAAUCGGCCGAUACAGAAGCUACAGUCUCCCCUGUGGAUUUCAGACUUGGUGGCGAGCAAACGAAUUAUGAAGAAUAUCUUCUUCCUGAAGAAUACAACGAGCGAGAAGAAGAGGAUCUAGACGAAGCUGAAGGUGACUCUCAGUUUGGCGAUUCAACACAGUAUGAAGUCGGAGAGGAUGCGGCUGAUGCCCUUGAUGCUUCUGCAGGUGUUCACGAAGUCGGGGCCACUACCGAUGACUCCGAUCCAGGGGCAGUGAUGCCCCAAGCGCUCCGUCGUUCAUCUUCUUCCGAGAGCUCACCCGAGGAGCCAUCUAACUUGGAAGAGCCACAGAUUCCGACUUCUACAACCGAUGAUACACUACCCACAGAAAUUGAGGAAAAUCACGGGAAUAAUGAAGCUUGCCACCAUUCUGAGAAGGACCCUCAUGAGAACGCCACAUCACGUUCGCAUUCCACCCCCACCGAACGAGGUCAUCAACCUGAUCUUUACCUUGACGACCAUGACCACAAAACUGGUGACUACAUUGGCCGGCUAUCUGAUAUAAAUUCCUGUCAGGCUGACGGGGAUGAGUGGGGAUGGGUCGAUGCCGAUGGUGAGGACGACGAUGAGUACUGGGCUGAGCAGGAUGCUGUUUCAGACAAGAGUACUGCCACGCUUUCCAGCCAACUCUCUUGUAAGAGGGGUUUUGAUGAGGUUGAUGAAGACCUGGGGCACCCACCUCCUAGCACACCAGAACCAAAAAGAGCUCGAGUUGAGUGAGGUCAACACUCAUCCGGCCAGAUGACGUUGCUGGCUGCAUCCAGUACUUUAAGUUAUUCCCGCACACUCGCUCAUCAACAUCGACCUUACCCUACGUCAUCCAAUGCCCCGCGCUUUCAAAGGCUAAGUUCGAAUUUCUUAUCGUAUCCAUUUCAUUACUGUUUCUUUUGGUAUGGUAUUGCACUAACAUUUUCAGCACGAUGAAUCUACAAGAUGGGCGAUAAUUGGGUAGCGGGAGAACAUCAACUAGACGGCGGCUGGGUAGAAUGAGUCCUGGCGUAUCGAUGCAUACUUUCGUAGCCUAGUUGGUUGUAUUACUGCUGAAAUUCAGUUCUCUUUCGCUGCCCUACGUAGUUCUCUGUGAAUUGGGAACUUUGUGAUGGCAGUAGCAAGCCAAUCGGCUGAAAGCUGUUGACAGAAUUUAGAAAGGAG